AUGGAGACCGCUAAGGCGUGCAUCCUGCUGUUCACCGCCUUCUUCUUCUCCGGGCUCAUGCAGCUGACCAUGGCGCAGGACAAGCCGGCGCCAGUGGCGGCGGCGACAGCUGUGGUACGGGUGAUCGACGCCAAGGCCAUCGACCAGGCGAUCGCGUACCUGCUCAUGUUCGCGGCGCUGUUCGUCACCUACUUCGCGAGCUGA